AUGAGAGGCUUUCAUCCAGCGACCUGGGUGGUGUUGAAGCUGCGAUGUGCUUCUGUGUUGUGUUUGAUGGUGUCGCCAGAGUUGCAUUCCCAGCGAGGACGACAUUAUUCCUUUGGAUCGUCCUUGAUGACACAUGGUGGUGAGCCGCUUUUGCUGAGAGACGACACGACAACCGGCAUGGUGCAUAGUACAUUUCCACCACGGACCACCAUUACCACUGCUGGUGCUUCGUUGAGAGAGAACCGUGAGGAUGACGCAACUUCCAUCGAUCAUGUCGGCCGAUUGCGACAAAUGAGCGGGAAAGCAUGGGACAUGGCAACUUCCUUCUUGGAAUGCAGUCGUUCUUUGGUCACAUCCGUGUUGCCAUUUCGAAAGACUGAACUGGAAUCCGCCUUUCAACAACAAGACAAGCAGGAUUCUUCCACAGUCACGGUUUCUACUUCCUGCCUUGACAAUGAUACCAUUAGUACAACUACCGAUGCAUCAGUAUUACCCGACGGCCCACGCUGGGCCAUUGCCCACCCCGACACGGAUUUUUCGGGUGUGUGGGUUCCCGUCGUCGAUUCUCCGUUCAAAGACCAGUACGGCGACUAUAUGGAAAAAAGUGGCCGAUCCUUCCUGUUUCGACAAGUCUGUCUCAAUUUUGCCAGCACCACUCGGGAAGAAAUUCAACAAGAAGAUCAAGGACGGGUCCUCCAUUUUGUCGGUCAAAGUCCUGCCGGGGGAUGGAAACGAUCGCUCGUCAGUUCGGGAGCUGAUUCUACGACACAUGAAUUUGAACCCGUCCAUGCCGAAUUUCUCGAUCCCGACAGUGAACUGGUCAAAGUGGAAGCAUGGUGGGAAGACGAUGGGACGGUCCACAAGUCCUGGUUGCGCGACAAAGCCGGUGUGGAUGGAGGACAAUUUGAAUCGACACGCUAUUUGGAAGAUGCACCGAAUGAUGGCAAAUUUUUGAUUUGCGAAUCGGCCUUUCAUCCCUCCGAAAAACACCUCCAAAAUCCUUCCAGUAAAUUCAAACCGGCAUUUGUGCGGUGGCGGUAUCGACGGGAAUCAUAG